UUUUAUUAAGAUUAAUAUUCAGCGCAAAUUAUUACAUGGACUUGUCCGCACAAAUAGUUAUCGUAACCAACGGAAUGUUUGUUAAUCAAUCAAGCUGGCUCAACUAUUGAAAAAGGCGCUUUGAAUGAUCACUAAAUGCAUUGUCCAAUCAGUGCACACUUAUCCACAUUGAGGAUUGCAUCAUUUGCUCUUUUUUGUUUUGGUCCGAAAUGACUAUCCCAUUGCUUGUCAAUUGUUAAAAUUCAAUGUAAAUCAUUUUAGAUUAACUUAUUUACGUCUAGAUUCUCAAAAGACGCUUUUUUAUCAUCAUGUUUACCUAUAUUUAUGAUACUUAUUGAUAUUCUUUGGAAACAUGUAAAUGAUCUUGAUUAACCAAAAUGUUUAUACUUAUAAAUUGGUGUAUAUUUUUGUAUUCGACUCUUCUAUAGAUGUGAUGGUCUAAUUAGUGCUCGAAUUUUGAAAGACAUGCGGUAAAUAUGGAAACCGAUGGAGAAAGCUCGUCAUCAUUGAAACAAAUUCCCUAUUACAAGAAAAUUGUGGGUACCAGGUUUGCUAUCGAUGCUUUCAACUACGAAGAAUCGCCAGAAAUCACCUAUUAUUUACUAUCACACUUCCAUUAUGACCACUAUAUAGGUUUGAAUGCUAAUUUUACUGGUAAUAUUUUAACAUCACCCAUUACUGGAAGGUUGAUUGUUGAUCGAAUCGGAGUCAAGACAAACCAUGUAAUCAUGGUUGAUAUUCAUCAACCUAUUGUAAUCGAUGGAGUUACAGUUGUUCUGAUUGACGCAUUUCAUUGUCCUGGCUCAGUGAUGUUUCUAUUUAUUUUACCUGAUGGUAAACGUAUACUGCACACAGGAGAUUUCCGGGCCUCCCCUGAAAUGGAGAAAAACAAUUUUCUUACUGAGAAACCAAUAGAUCAUAUUUACUUGGAUACAACUUAUUGUCACCCCGAUUAUAACUUUCCGAAACAAGGAGAGACUCUUCAAAUGGUCAUUGAUUUAACUCUUGAGUAUCUUGCUAAGGAACCCAAGCUAUUAAUUGUUUGCGGUGCUUACACAAUUGGCAAGGAAAAAGUUUUCAAAUGUUUAUGUGAAACUUUGUGCAUGAACCUUUGGGUCCCAUCAUCGAAGUUGCAAGUACUUCUCAGCAUGAAUGAUCCCGUUAUCCAACAACAUUUGGUUUUAGAUAAGGAUGAUGCUCAAAUUCACGUUUUACCCAUGACAGAUAUUAACCAUGAGUUUCUGCGAGGUUAUCUUAGAGGCUGUCGCGAUCGAUUCACUUCAAUAUUAGCUUUCAAACCUUCAGGUUGGCAAAACAAUGAAGACUCAUCCUCUGCAAUCGUUCCAGCAAUACAAGAUAAUGUGUACAUCUACGGGAUUCCAUACAGUGAACACUCAAGCUACUCAGAGUUGGAAAGAUUCAUUAAAUUUUUCAAGCCUCGGAUGAUCACGCCGACUGUCUUUCACUCUGAUUCCAAAUUUCGAGUAAUGAUGCUCAGAAGUAUAGCCCAAUGGAAGUCAACUUAUCUGCAAAAUGGCGACCAACAGAGUUCAGCUUGAUAUUGUUCAAUGGCAAUCAUUUUAUUACAAUAUAUAUUUGUAUAUUCUUUAUCAAUGAUCUUAAACUUUACUUGAGUCUACCUCAAUUAAUCAAUUUCUAGCUACAAUGUGCUUGUCUUAAUUAAAUUAUGGUCUGAGCUGAUUCAAAUUUCGGACUCAGACUUAUAUAGUCUCUGAAAUUUGUGCAAUUAAAUUUGGCUACUAAAUUUUUUAGUCAAUCAAUUAAAAUCUUUACUUUACCUUGACUCUAAA